AUGCCGAAGCGCAGCAAGAAGGAGGGGGAGGGGGAGGAGAGCGGGUGGCACAUCAACCAGUAUAGACCAGUACAGACCAGUAUGGACCAGUAUAGAGCAGUAUAUGAACUAGUACCCACCAGUAUAGACCAGUAUGGAACAGUACAGACCAGUACGGACCAGUAUGGGCCAUGGGUCAAGGAGGAGGCCCCCGACGUCCUGUGCCUCCAGGAGACGAAAUGUGGGGCGCAGGCCGUGCCCCCCGAGCUCCGCGCCCUCCCCGACCUGCCCCACCAGUUCUGGGCCAGCCCCGAGGGGCGCCCCGGCUACAGCGGUGUGGGGCUGCUGGCGCGGCACGAGCCCCUCAGCGUCACCUACGGCAUCGAGGAGGACCCGUGUUCUCUCUGCCCCAUAUCGCAGUGGGUCAAGGAGGAGGCCCCCGACGUCCUGUGCCUCCAGGAGACGAAAUGUGGGGCGCAGGCCGUGCCCCCCGAGCUCCGUGCCCUCCCCGACCUGCCCCACCAGUUCUGGGCCAGCCCCGAGGGGCGCCCCGGCUACAGCGGUGUGGGGCUGCUGGCGCGGCACGAGCCCCUCAGCGUCACCUACGGCAUCGGUGAGGAGGAGCACGACCGCGAGGGCCGGGUGGUGACGGCCGAGUUCCCUUCCCUCUACGUGGUGGCCGCCUACGUCCCCAACUCGGGGCGGGGCCUGGUGCGCCUGGACUAUCGGCGCCGCUGGGACGCGGCCUUCAGGGGUUACCUCACCCGCUUGGACGCCCUCAAGCCCGUGGCCCUUUGCGGGGACCUCAACGUGGCCCACCAGGAGCUGGACCUCUGCCACCCCAAGGCCAACCGCCGCUCGGCCGGCUUCACCCUGGAGGAGCGGGAGGGGAUGGGGCAGCUCCUGGAGUCGGGCUUCUUGGAUUCCUUCCGUCACCUCUACCCCACCCUGCCCCACGCCUACACCUUCUGGACCUACUUAGGGGGCGCCCGGGAGCGUAACGUGGGUUGGAGGUUGGAUUAUUUCCUCCUCUCCCGUCGCCUGGAGGGGGCGCUCUGCGACAGCAAGAUCCGCUCCCGCGUCCUGGGGAGCGACCACUGCCCCAUCACCCUCCUCCUGGCCCUAUAGCUGACCCCCAAGUGCGCCCCAUAGCCAAGGGAGAUCCGGGGGAUGGUGGAGAACCUCAAGAGGUGCCCCUAAUUCGCCCAAAAUUCACCCAAAAUGGCCCCAAAUCGGGGUUUGGUGAGGUCAUCGAUGACCAUCCAACCUCAACUUGGCCAUAAAUCCAACCCCACUGCCCUAUAACCCACCUCCCUGCCCCAUAGCUGACCCCCAAGUGCGCCCCAUAGCCAAGGGAGAUCCAUCUCACCAUGGAGAACCUCAAGAGGUG